CCCAAAGUCUUAAAGCCGCGACAAAUGUCUGCAACACCUACAUCGGAGUGCAGAAGUCGACUUCUUGGUCUGUGCCUUACGGCCGCUUUGGACAUCUCGUCCGAAGCCGCCGCCGCCGCCGUAACUGCCUCUAAUAGCAGUAGCAGUAGCGGUAGCGGCGGUGACACCCGAGCUCGCCACCCCCUUGCUGGCUGCGGCGGCCCGCUCGUCAAGCUGCUGGGCCGACAAGCCUCGGUCCUCACCGGCCUCUGUCUCGGACAGGCCCGAACCGCCGCCGCCCAGCGCGAGGCCGACGUCGAGACACCGGUGGACGCAGACGGCCACCAUGACGCCGCGGCGCCUGGGUCUCCGGGCGAGGAGGAGGAAAAGGAGGAGAGCUGCCGCCGCCGGCAGCGGCGGCUCCUCCACUCGCGCCUGGACGACCUGAUCUCGCUGUCGUACGGCAGGUUCUACGCGCACGUCUUCAGCGAGCUCCCCGCCUGCUGGAGGCAGCUCUACACGGACGCGAGCAUACUCAAGUUCGCCGCCUGCCUGCUGGAGGCCCCGCCGCCGCCGGGGGGCCUGCCCGACGACCCUGCCAUCGACGCUCUGCUGGACGAGCUGGUCAAGCCCCUGGACCUCGCCCUCGUCCUCGCCGGCGGGGCGGGACACAAGCGGGGGCGCGAGUGGAUCGACCAGGCGCUCGACCUGCUCGACACCAUCUACAACAACCGGGCCGAAGACAACGACAGGGCGGCGGCGUCGCCAGACCGCACCAUCCCCACCACAGAUGACUACCCCGCGCCCCGGCCCAAGAAGCCGAGGCUGAGCGAGGAUCCCCGCUCACGCGGCGGCGGCGGCGGCGGCGGCGGCUGGGAGGGCUCGCCGUCCUUCUCAACCGCGGAGCCCUUCACCCCGCCCGUCAGGAGCCCGGUGAGGCGCGUCCCGAGGCUCUCCAUGGUGGCGUUCCAGACGUACAUGAGCAGGCCGCCGGACCCGUCCCUGGGGCCGGAGCCGCUCGUCGUCGCGGGGCUGACGGACGACUGGCCCGCCCGGACGACGCGCCCGUGGAGCAGGCCGGCCUACCUCUUGUCGCGGACGCUGAGGGGCCGGCGCCUGGUGCCCGUCGAGAUCGGCAGGAGCUACGUCGACGACGGGUGGGGCCAGAAGAUCAUGCCCUUUGCCGACUUCCUGCGCACUUAUAUCGACGCCACGGCGGCGACGACGACGGCAGAGGCGGGAGUGGGUGGGAGCGACAGUGGUGGCAGCGACGGCAGCCCGAGCUCUACAUUACCUCGUGAGCAGCAGGUCCCUGUGGCGUACCUCGCACAACACCAACUGUUUUCACAGCUACCGCGGCUCAGAGAUGACAUUCGCAUUCCAGAUUAUUGCUAUACGUCACCGCCGCCGCCACCCCCUUCCCUCCUCCACGGCCCCGAGGCGGGGCGGCCGCCGCCCGCGGAGCUGGACGAGCCGGUGCUCAACGCCUGGCUGGGCCCGCCCGGCACCAUCACGCCGCUGCACACGGACCCGUACCACAACGUGCUCGCCCAGGUCGUCGGCCGCAAGUACGUGCGCCUGUACGCGCCGCGCCACUCGCCCCGCAUGGCCGCCCGCGGCACCGAGGCCGGCGUGGACAUGGGCAACACGAGCGCCUUCGAUGUCGGCGCCCUCGAGGGCUGGGACGACGCCCCCGCCGGGGAGGAGGAGAAGGAGGAGGAGGAAGGCGACAACGCCGGCCAGGCAGGUCGAGAUGCGGCCGCGGCCGCGGCCGCCUUCCGCGAAAUACCCUUUGUGGACUGCAUUCUCGAGCCCGGCGACUCGCUCUACAUACCCGCGGGCUGGUGGCACUACGUACGCGGCUUGAGCGUCAGCUUCAGCGUGAGCUUUUGGUGGAACUGAAACCAGCGCCGGCCAAGGCAUGAGCACGCGUCGACCAAGGCAAAUCGUCACUUCUAGAAGAGGUGAUUCAUCGUAGAUGUUCAAAUAAUACCCAGUAUUACGCAUAUGGAUAUGUCGUGGUA